AUGAGGCGCUGGAGCGUGUGUUUAUAGAAGCUCAGAGCUCGAGAGCAACUCUUCAGAUUGAGAAGAGCGUGGCGUGCAGCGGAUCACAUACGACCUGACAUUACAGAGACGCAGACGGGGUUAUCAUCACACUCGCACUGUUUGAGCAUCUCGAUUAUUGGAUUUGAGUGGCACAAACAAACCGGAGGCUGCUGGAGCUUCUCAACAAACUAUUGGGGAUGAAUCGCUGUACGGCCGCUUUACUUUUGCUGGUUAUCGCCGUUUAUUCACUCAACACAGAGGCAUACAAGUGCAGAUGCACGAGAAAAGGUCCGAAGAUCCGGUACAAAGAUGUACAAAAGCUGGAGAUCAAGCCUAAACAUCCGUACUGCCAAGAAAAGAUGAUAUUUGUCACCAUGGAGAAUGUGUCCCGUUUCAAAGGUCAGGAGUAUUGCCUGCACCCCAGACUCCAGAGCACUAAGAACCUUGUCAAGUGGUUCAAAAUCUGGAAGGACAAACACAGGGUGUAUGAGGCCUAAUCGUUCUCCACUAUGCACGAGGCUGAAAACAUUGCGGGAUGCGCUGCACCUACAGUGAACUGUGGAAGACCAGAGGACCAAUUUUUUAAAGCAUGACAAAGCAUAUAUACCCAGAUGAGCUUAUCAAGCACACCAGUUAUAUUAAUGUGGAAUAAUUUAUAGUCAUACAAAAAUGUUUCUUAUAAAAUGUAAUUAUGAGCCAAAUGCGCGGUUACGGCAGAGAAUCAGCCUGUGAAUCAGCACCAUCUGUAAGAAGUGAUCAUUACAUUUUUGCAACGUGUAAUGUUUUCUGAAGCAUCAGUUCUCGGUCUGAUUCAUUGUGUCGUGGUAUAUAAAGGGGUCCUGACACUUCUAUUUGGAUACCGUCUGGUUUGAAACUGCUGUGAUAUACUAUCCACGAGUGUCAAAGUAGAUCUUAGAGUUCUCACAGUACAAAAGAACAGAAAUAUCGAAGAUGUGUACAUAAUAUCUACAAAGACUUUGUGUUCUAUGCCAACAUUCAGCCGGUAAAAGGAGGCAAAGUGCUAUUCCUCAAAAUCAUUUUCAAAAUAUUGUUUCUCAUUGAUCUGCCCAAAAGUGCCGGAGGAACUUUUUAUUUUUUACUUAUUCACUUGUUACUUUGAAAUUUGGUACUUCAUGGUGAAGUGAAAGAGACAAAGCUGCAUUCAAUAAUAUCAACCAUUUAAAUCAUAUCAUACUCUAUAUUUACACAUAUACUUUGGUGGAAAUGUACCGCCACACGACAAGCACAUGAACUUUGGGGCCUGCGGUGGGCCAUGUGUUUAAAAUGAAGCUUUUUAUUUAAUAUCGGCCCUCCUAUCAGCACAUUAUGAACUACACGAGCCUCCUCUUUGAGGUGUGCAGGUUUUGUAAGCUAUUGUUUUCAUUUGUUUGAUAUGACUGUGUUUUUCUUUUUGGUAAAUGGAAUGUUUCUCGUCUCUUGUACAUCAGAUUGUAUGUAAAAGCACACAGAAUAGGUUCUUGUGUAGAGACCA